AAUACAUUUCUAACACUCCCCCUACCCUGUUUUUGUAUACAACUCUCUGUUUCUUCUUACAUUCUUGUGAAGAACAACAACAAUAUAAGCAUGAAGUUCGGUAAGAGCCUGAGCAACCAGAUAGAGGGAACAUUGCCUGAAUGGCGUGACAAGUUUUUGUCUUACAAGGAACUUAAAAAACGUCUGAAGCUCAUCAACCCUCCUGUUGUUGCCGAUGAAACAACCAGGCCCGAGAAACGUCGGAGAUUCUCCGAUGGGGAACGCAUGUCGGAUGAGGAGAUUGAUUUUCUUAACUUGCUGGAGGAUGAGCUCGAGAAAUUCAACUCUUUCUUCGUUGAAAAGGAAGAAGAAUACAUCAUCAGACUUAAGGAUUUGCGCGACAGAGUAGCAAGCGCUGAAGAUUGGAGCGAGGAGAUGAUAGACAUUCGAAAGGAGAUUGUUGAUUUUCAUGGUGAGAUGGUUCUGUUGGAGAAUUAUAGCUCCCUUAACUAUACAGGUUUGGUUAAGAUACUGAAAAAAUAUGAUAAACGAACUGGUGCACUCCUUCGCUUGCCCUUUAUUCAGAAGGUCCUACAACAACCCUUCUUCACCACCGACUUGCUUUACAAGCUUGUAAAAGAGUGCGAGGCAAUGCUAGACCGUCUUUUCCCUAUGGCUGAACGAGCACCUUCCUCUGAGGUACCUGACAAGGAUAAUUUAUCCACCUCUGGACCUGCCAAAAAUGAUGAUUUGGUCAGAAGUGCCAAAGGAGUUUCUGAUAUCGAGUAUGUGAAGAGUCUGUAUAUGAAGAGCACCAUAUCAGCAUUACGAGCUUUAAAAGAAAUUAGAAGCGGGAGCUCCACUGUUAGUGCUUUUUCAUUGCCACCCCUGCAAAUUAGUGGAAUGGAGGAUGCUUGGAUUCAAACUCCGAUUCUCCAACAAGAAGCCAAAUAGUUAAGUAACGUUUUUAGUCUUUGAAUUGCCCUGCCACAUCAUUUAGAGUUCGAUUUUUUGCCAUACUUGUUGGUCUUUUUUCCCUUGCACAUCUACAAUGUAUGGAGUUAGAUACUAAUACACGAAAAAUUAGUAAAUUUGUAAUUUUAUAGAGUUUCCAGUAGACGAACUAUAUGUUGUCUACAUGAUUCUCCGCAGCGAUAUAUCUAUUAUUAUGUUAAAUUUGAGUUGAGACUAU